CAAUAAAGAAAAUAAACAAGUAUAUAUAAUAUACCCUUUGGUUCAGCAAGCCCACAUUUGAGUAUUUAUACUACACAGAGACAAAAAGCACCAGCUCUUAGGAAGAUGUGUUGGGGCAGGGGCGCAAACAAAAGAACAUGUGUGCAAGAAUGUUUAUUUGAACAUCUGAACACUAUUGCUGAAACACAAUAUUGAAGCAAAAACAGAGACAACUUAAAAUGUGUCUCAGUAAAUCAGCAGAUCAGUCAAGCACCAAGAACUAUUAUAGGCUGUGUGUCCCUUAUCUGAAAUCCUUGGACUGGAAGUAUCCCAGAUUUCGGAUUUGUUCAGAUUCUGGAAUACUUGCACUUAAAUGAUGAGAUAUCUUGGGAAUGGGACCUAUGUCUACACACAUAAACAUAAAAUUUAUUUAUGGUUCAUUUAUAUUUUGUACACAUAGACCAGAGGUAUUUUAUACAAUAUUUUAAAUAAUUUUAUGCAUGAGACAGUUUGUUUUAAGUACCUAUAUGCAGAAUUUUCCACUUGUGAUGCCAUGUCAGUACUCAAAAAGUUUGAAUUUUGGAACAUUUCAGAUUUUAGAUUUUCUAUUAAACCUGAACCUGUAUAUAAUCAUUAAAAGGAUCACUUUAAUGAAUAUACUUCAAUUGGAAAGGAUGUUUAUGCUGUAUGAUUAAAUGAAUAAAACAAAAUGCAAAUUCCUGUGGACACUGCUAUGGGAGGACACCAGGUGGACAGGUAGGUGGAUGGUGAGCCCAUGGAUGUGUGCACAGGUCUCUCCUACAUGUUCGCUUCCAGGAAUGAGCACAGAGACAGGUGAGGACAGCUAGGCAUGCUAGGUGAUGACUGGUUACUUAAAGAAGUCUGAAUUUGAAAAGUUUUUGGAUUGCUCACACACUCUUGUAAAAAUUAGUAUGUUUUACUCUUCUGAUAAAAAAAAUAGUGAAAAGAAAAAGCAUUGAAAUGAAAUAAAACAAAGUUCAACUUGCUUUGAAAUGAAUCCAAACAAUACAUUGGCUUGUAGGUUAGAGAAGGUUGGAGACAGAGAUGAGAUGUGGAAGGGGCAGGUAAAUAGAGUCAAAUAAUUAAAUAGGAGGCCAUUCAACUGAGGUGGCACUAACACCCUGGCUUCCUACAUGAGCAAACUGAAACAUGAGACUCAUUUCCCAUAAGCAGCUAAUGUAAAAGAAACCAAAACUUAAGUUCAGGCCAAUCACAGGCAGUCAGCUGUGCAUCAGUUACGUGGCCUUGAACUUUCCACUGAGACAGUCCAAAUAAGGCAGUGGCUCAAACUUGAACCAAUCAGAUCAUCCCACACCACUUCAGGGAUGGGGUGGGGCUGUGGGUGGGCAGCCAGAUGGAUUUGUGAAUUGCUGUCUGCUCAAAUGAGCCCUCUAAGAUUUUCAUGUGCUAAAGUUUAUCUUUAAGCAACAGCAUACUUGCUGCAUCACUUGAACAUUUCUACAGUGGAACAUUGAUUGAGGGAAACUAACAUAAAACAAUAGACAAACAGAUAAGGGCUUUGGCCACUGCAAAGGCUACAUCUGUAAUUCAACAGGUCCUGUCCAGCGCUGUCCUGCACUGCCCGGGCUCCGCACGUGCCCUAGGGCCCCAAUCCCAGAAGCACCUGACUGUCCCCUUUUUCACCUGAUGCUUGGGACCUGCAGAGGUGUACUACGGAGCCUGGGUCUGGGCAUUUCUCCCUAGACACACAGAAUCCCAUGGAAGGUUUGGGGCCUAGGAAACACUAGGUACCCCAGGUCCCCAGGGCAGCCCUUGCCUCUUGGGGCACCUUUCCCCAAAACUAUGGGGACGUUCUAAUCACAGGCAGAGCCAAGCUGCCACUCACCAACUCCUACAUCCUCACCUUCCUUUCAUAUCCUCAAACACAAACACCUAAUCCUCCAACAAUACUCCUUGUCCUAUUUUCCCUUUUUGAGGAAGCCAAAGCUUGGAGCAGUCACAUCACCUAAUCAAGGUCUCAUGUCACCUAACCAAAGUUUCAUGUCACUUACCUUAGAAAGUGGUAGGGUUUCAGGAUAGCUCUUAUACCUGCACCUUUGACAGCUUUGCCCUCAGGGCCACUUGUGCGGGUGAGGGAAUGCAGGGCCUUCCAACCCCAUCCCAACUCUGAAAUUCAGCCCCUGUGAUCACAAUGGACUCUCUGUAGCCCCGUGGGCCCACAGCCCUCAGGGGCUGGAUGGGCAGAUGUGGCGCUCUCGGCUCCCACUCUGGGGACCUGCCCAGGACAUACCCUCCAGGAUGGGCCAGGGAGGCUGCUACCAUCUGCUUAUAUAUCCCCCUCAUCUGGGAGCCAGGACAUUCCUGGAAAGCGUGGAGAACUCUGGGGACAGAAUGUGCCCUCCCACCUGGCUUGAGCUAUGCCCCCAGGAGGAGUGUUGCCUUUCCUUCCAGGUGCCGUCCACCUCCGUAUCCCAGGGACUUGCGAUAGACCUCAGAUUUUUCUCAGGUCCUCCUUUAGGCUUGGGGCCAUCCACGUGAAUCAAGGCCCAGCAACAGCUGCAGCCAGCCUAUCCCAAGAUACAUCUUAAUAAGGAUCCAGAGGAUCCUUUCUGCAGAAAGCCUGAUUGCUGGUGGGCUUCACCCCCAGCCCUUCCUGGUCCAGGGGCUUUGUCUGGGCUCAAGCAAUGAUGACAAGCGCUCUCCGAGGACCACUUGACUGCAUGCUUGGAACUGGGAUUCCCCAGGUGGAGGCAGAGUCAAAGGCUCAGCCUGAGCAAAUGCAGCGAAUGCAGUCAUGGGGGGUUUCUGCAGCAUCCCAUCCGCCUGUUCUUACAGUAAACCGAGCUCACUUCCAUUGGCUGCAAACGGUGGAGUGAUGUGACCAUAUGUCACUUGGGCAUUACACAAAUCCUAAUGAGCUAAAAGUAUGUUUGUUUUAGCUAAUUGACCUCUUUGACCUUCAUAAACCAAUUGGUAAACAUGCUCAGACAAUGACUUCCAGAGAACGGAUUGUGGCUCUCAUCCAUGCAGAGAAAGCCCCCCAAUCCCCAAGACCAAGUUCCCUGGCUGCCUGUUGAGGAGCACAGGGGAUCCUGCCUGCUGCCCGCUCAGCCCAGGAAGUAUUGCUCCCCUGAGCUCCCCUAGUGUCCUGCCCUGGCUUUAUGACCAGAGGGAUCCAGAGACAAAGCAGGGGUUCUGGGUUCUGACUCCAUAGCAGGCAUUCUUGGCUAUCUCCAGCAAGUAAGUCGCAAGCAGGCCCCAACACUUCCGUGAGAAGUAGCAGGAUUGGGAGCCAGAGGGCCUAGCAGUCCUCCUUGCGCUGGGCCAUGUGCUCCAUGCAAGAAGGGGAACGACUGGACUCUGUGUGGGUCUCAGGACCACAGACCCAAGUCCUCCUGCAACUCAGUUCUCCUUGCAAGCGGCAGGCUGCAAGCCGAGCCCUGAACUAGGAGGGUCUUUCUUAGUCAAGAGAACGAUGCUCACUAGCUCUCAGAGCUGAAUUUGUGUGCGCUGGAAUUGCUGGCCCCAUGUGGUCUGGUGGGCACCUCUCCACUCCACACCCCACAUGGAGGUCCAGAUAUAACGUUUCCUGACAUUAGAAAGCUGCGGGGGCCCAGCCUGUCAUCUGGAGGCAUUAAGAGGGCACAGGAAAUAACCUCUAGCCCAAGGCUAACGGCAGCCACAGACCCGACCUCUGCACUAUCUGAACUGACUGUGGCCCACGGGCCCCUCCUCGCCACCUCCUACCUGCCCCUGCCAAAAUGAGGGGCUUCAGCCAGCUGCUAGAGUCACUGGCCUGCUUCUUUGCUAUAAAACAGAGACAGUAUUGAAUGCGAAGAACUCACCAUUAACAGAGUGCUUCCUACUUGUUGGCCACUGGGAUGUGCGUAGCAUAUAUUUUUCACUUAAUCUACACAAUAAGUAAUAUCCUUCCCUAAGACCACAGAAUAGUGGUGGACAUGGGUCUCCAAGAGGUCCGCCUAAUUCCAGAGUCAUUGGUCACCCAGCACAGUGGGGACAUGCUGUUGGCUUGCAGGUUAAUAGCUCUGCUCUGCAAGGCUCUGGUGAACAGGGUCAGCUUGUAAAGCAGGAAGCAGUGUCUGGCAUGUGGCAGAAACUCAGAAUAAAUGGCUGUUAUUCAUGUCUUGACAUGCAGAGGUGGUGCAGCAAGAUGACACACAACAUACCUUCUGGGUCAAACCACCCCAGCCAUGUCUCCCCAGUCUCUGGGCCAAUGUGCUUGAAUUAGACAGGAUUAAAGGCUUACUGGAGCUGGAAGUCUUGCCCCAGCUCCAGAGUUUAACCCCAGACCUUCUGUCUGCCAGCCGAGAAGGGCGAGGUGGAAGGCUGCGCAGAGCAGGGCGUGGGCUGCCCAUGCCGAGGGAGCUUCUGUGCUUCCCCUGAGCUUCCCAGCCUCCCCUGGACUCCACAAUGAAAGAAUGGGUCCUGCUCCUAACCACACUGCUCUGCGGCUUGGCUGGCCCCACACACCUGUUCCAGCCGAGCCUGGUGCUAGACAUGGCCAAGGUGCUCUUGGACAACUACUGCUUCCCCGAGAACCUGGUGGGGAUGCAGGAAGCCAUCGAGCAGGCCACCAAGAGCCGUGAGAUUCUGGCCAUCUCAGACCCUCAGACGCUGGCCCAGGUGCUGACAGCCGGAGUGCAAGGCUCCCUGAAUGACCCUCGCCUGGUCAUCUCCUACGAACCCAGUACCCUCGAGCCUGCCCGGCAGGCCCCGGCACUCACCAACCUCACACAAGAGGAGCUGCUGGCCUGGCUGCAGAGGGGCCUCCGCCAUGAAGUUCUGGAGGGCAAUGUGGGCUACCUGCGGGUGGAUGACAUCCCAGGUGAGGAGGUGCUGAGCAAGCUGGGGCAGUUUCUGGUGGCCCACGUCUGGAGAAAGCUCAUGGGCACCUCUGCCUUGGUGCUGGAUCUGCGGCACUGCACAGGGGGCCAGGUGUCUGGCAUUCCCUACGUCAUCUCCUACCUGCACCCGGGGAACACGGUCCUGCACGUGGACACCAUCUACGACCGCCCCUCCAACACGACCAUGGAGAUCUGGACCUUGCCCCAGGUCCCGGGAGAGAGGUACAGUGCCGACAAGGACGUGGUGGUCCUCACCAGUGGCCGCACCGGGGGCGUGGCCGAGGACAUCGCCUACAUCCUCAAGCAGAUGCGCCGGGCUAUCGUGGUGGGUGAGCGGACAGUGGGGGGCGCCCUGAACCUGCAGAAGCUGAGGAUAGGCCAGUCCAACUUCUUCUUCACCGUGCCCGUAUCCAGGUCCCUGGGCCCCCUGGGAGGGGGCGGCCAGACAUGGGAGGGCAGCGGGGUGCUGCCCUGUGUGGGGACGCCGGCCGAGCAAGCCCUAGAGAAAGCCCUGGCCAUCCUCACUCUGCGCCGUGCCCUGCCGGGGGUCGUCCACGGCCUACAGGAGGCGCUGCAGGACUACUACACACUGGUGGACCGCGUGCCCGCCCUGCAGAACCACCUGGCCAGCAUGGACUUCUCCACCGUGGUCUCCGAGGAGGACCUGGUCACCAAGCUCAACGCCGGCCUGCAGGCUGUAUCCGAGGACCCCAGGCUCCUGGUGCGGGCCGUUAGGUCCAGAGAAACCCUUCCUGGGCCCGAGGCUGGAGCUGAAGACCCCCCAGGGGCGGCCCCAGAGGUGCCCGAGGACGAGGCUGUCCGGCAGGCCCUGGUGGACUCCGUGUUCCAGGUGUCGGUGCUGCCGGGCAAUGUGGGCUACCUGCGCUUCGACGGUUUUGCCGAUGCCUCUGUGCUGGGGGCACUGGGCCCGUAUAUCCUGCGCCAGGUGUGGGAGCCCCUGCAGGACACAGAGCACCUCAUCAUGGACCUGCGCCACAACCCCGGGGGGCCAUCCUCGGCCCUGCCCCUGCUGCUCUCGUACUUCCAGGACCCCGAGGCUGGCCCCGUGCGCCUCUUCACCACCUACGACCGCCGCACCAAUGUCACGCAGGAGCACUUCAGCCACACCGAGCUGCUGGGCCCGCGCUACAGCACCCACCGCGGGGUGUACCUGCUCACCAGCCACCGCACUGCCACGGCCGCCGAGGAGUUCGCUUUCCUCAUGCAGUCGCUGGGCUGGGCCACACUGGUGGGCGAGAUCACCGCGGGCAACCUGCUGCACACCCGCACGGUGCCGCUGCUGGACACGCCCGAGGGCGGCCUGGCGCUCACUGUGCCUGUGCUCACCUUCUUUGACAACCACGGCGAGGCCUGGCUGGGCGGCGGCGUGGUGCCCGAUGCCAUCGUGCUGGCCGAGGAGGCCCUGGACAGAGCCCAGGAGGUGCUGGAGUUCCACCGGAGCCUAGGGGCCUUGGUGGAGGGCACAGGGCACCUGCUGGAGGCCCACUACGCACGGCUGGAGGUCGCCGGACAGAUGGGCGCCCUGCUGCGAGCCAAGCUGGCCCAGGGAGCCUACCGCACGGCAGUGGACUUGGAGUCGCUGGCCUCCCAGCUCACGGCCGACCUGCAGGAGGUGUCUGGGGACCACCGCCUGCUGGUGUUCCACAGCCCCGGCGAGCUGGUGGUGGAGGAGGCGCCACCACCACCCCCUGCCAUCCCCUCUCCAGAGGAGCUCUCCUACCUCAUUGAGGCCCUGUUCAAGACAGAGGUACUGCCCAGCCACCUGGGCUACCUCCGUUUUGAUGCCAUGGCUGAGCUGGAGACGGUGAAGGCCAUUGGGCCGCAGCUGGUGCGGCUGGUGUGGCAGAAGCUGGUGGACACAGCGGCGCUGGUUGUUGACCUGCGCUACAACCCUGGCAGCUAUACCACGGCCGUGCCACUGCUCUGCUCCUACUUCUUUGAGGCAGAGCCCCUCCAGCACCUCUACUCCGUCUUUGACCGGGCCUCUUCAAGGGUCACAGACGUGUGGACGCUGCCCCAGGUUGCUGGCCAGCGCUACGGCUCCCACAAGGACCUCUACAUCCUGAUGAGCCACACCAGUGGCUCCGCGGCAGAAGCUUUUGCUCACACCAUGCAGGACCUGCAGCGGGCCACGGUCAUUGGGGAGCCCACGGCUGGAGGGGCUCUCUCUGUGGGCAUCUACCAGGUGGGCAGUAGCCCCCUAUAUGCCUCCAUGCCCACCCAGAUGGCCCUGAGUGCCACCACAGGCCAGGCCUGGGACUUGGCUGGCGUGGAGCCCGACAUCACCGUGCCCAUGAGUGAGGCCCUUUCCACAGCCCAGGACAUAGUGGCCCUGCGUGCCAAGGUGCCCACAGUGCUGCAGACAGCCGGGAAGCUGGUAGCCGAUAACUAUGCCUCCCCCGAGCUGGGGGCCAAGAUGGCUGCAGAGCUGAGCGGUCUGCAGAGCCACUACUCCAGGGUGACCUCGGAAGCAGCCCUGGCCGAGAUGCUGGGGGCUGACCUGCAGAUGCUCUCCGGGGACCCACACCUGAAGACAGCCCAUAUCCCUGAGGAUUCCAAGGACCGAAUUCCUGGAAUUGUGCCCAUGCAGAUCCCUUCCCCUGAAGCCUUUGAAGACCUGAUCAAGUUUUCCUUCCACACUAACGUACUUGAGGACAACAUCGGCUACUUGAGGUUUGACAUGUUUGGGGACUGUGAGCUGCUCACCCAGGUUUCCGAGCUGCUGGUGGAACACAUUUGGAAGAAGAUCGUGCACACGGAUGCCAUGAUUAUCGACAUGAGGUUCAACAUCGGCGGCCCCACAUCCUCCAUUCCUGCCUUGUGCUCUUACUUCUUUGACGAAGGCCCUCCGGUUCUGCUGGACAGGAUCUACAGCCGGCCCAACGACUCUGUCAGCGAACUCUGGACACACACCCAGGUUGCAGGUGAACGCUAUGGCUCCAAGAAGAGCAUGGUCAUUCUGACCAGCAGUGUGACGGCUGGUGCUGCAGAGGAGUUUACCUACAUCAUGAAGAGGCUGGGCCGGGCCCUGGUCAUUGGGGAGGUGACCAGCGGUGGCUGCCAGCCACCACAAACCUACCAUGUGGACGACACCCACCUUUACCUCACUAUCCCCACAGCCCGCUCUGUGGGGGCUGCAGAUGGAAGCUCCUGGGAAGGGGUGGGGGUGACCCCCCACAUGGCUGUCCCUGCAGAAGUAGCUCUCACCAGAGCCAAAGAGAUGCUCCAACACAAGCUGCUGAGGUUGAGGCGGAGCACAGGCCUGCAGGGCCACUCAGAGGGCCCCCAUGGGCAGAGCCCUGGGGCGGGGAGGACCUCUGGGCCAUCCACCACCAGUGUUUCUGCACAUGGUCCUGCCUGAGGCUCAUGGGGGCAGCGGGGUGCCUGCCAAGCUCUGGGUAGGCUUGGAGUUGGAGGCACCCUCGGAGGUCAGGGCUCUGGGCUCCAUACCACUGCACAGAUCCUUUCUGUUUGAACACCCAGAGGCAGAGAGCUCACCCCCUUCAAAGACACCCCCCAUAGUGAAGUCCAGACCUGUUCCUGUCCAUGUUCUCUAACCACCAACCCCUGAGCCUCCCGCUGCCACCUUGAGCAGCUCCGCCCAAUAGAAUCACGUGAGCCGCAGAUGCAAGGCACACGCGUCUCUUAAAAUUUUCUAGAAGCCAUAUUUUUAAAAAGCAUAAAGAAACAUGUGAAAUGAAUUUCAAUAGUAUAUUCUAAUAGCACAACUUAUUUAACCUAUUCCUAUCCAUGGUACUAUGAACGUGUAUUCAAAAUAAAAAUUAUUAUGGAUGAGAUGUGUUUGUAGCAAGUCUUUGAAAUGUGGUAUGCAGUUUGUGCUUACAACACAUUUCCAGACCGUGCCAGGGCUCGGUGGCCACCUGCAGCUCGUGGCUGCCAUGUAGGGCAGAGGUCCCACUACCCCAGCACACUGCCCUGUGACCAUUUCUCUACUGCCAUGCUGUGCAGCCCUCAGGGACAGGAGCUGCCUCGCUCAUCCUCCCCUCCCUACUGACUGACCCGUAGCAGGGCACCUGGCUCAGGUGGUGCAUGCUCAGUGACCGCACACCAAUGUCAGGAGGCACAGAAGGGAGUCUGCACUGCCCCCGAGGGUGGCUCUCAGACGCUUGAACUGAGGGAGCCCAAGGCUAACCUGGGGAACAGGCCCCUACUGGUGCCCUGGCAGCCAUACAGCCCUGCUCUGCCUGAGGGACCAGGGACUGAAAAGGAAGCAAGCUCUAAGGCCCUGCCCAAAGUCCUGGUGGGGGUGAGGCGGGAGCGGGAGGAAAGCCCUGCGGCAGUCGCAGUCGCAGCCAUGCUUGGGGAGCCAGGGCUCUGCCCACUUGCUGAGGACUGAGCACCGGCAUUGUCCAGCCUGGGCACCUGGUGAGCUCAGGCUGCAGCUGCCCAGGCUCCAAGCUCCAUUUGAGCUGGCCCAGCUGAGCCUCCCAAAGGCGACUUCUUCCAGUCCCCUCCCCAGCCCCCAGAGAGCUAUGCAAUCUGGGCAAACCACAGAGCCACCCACCAAUACUUGGAGGAUUUCUGUGAGGACAACCCUUGAGCCAGCCUUGUCUAAACGCUGCCGGGCUGAAGGCAACAUUUCACUCCACUUCCUUUUUCUUCUGCUAUAGUCAGACAAGAUUAAGUGUAACAAUUGAAUUUUAGUAGUAGUAUAUAUAAUGUGAGCUCAACUUUUUUAACCCUACAAUGCUCAUAUUCCUCUGUCUCCCCCUCUUUUUCAGAUAUUUAUGGCUAUCUGAUCAUCACCUAUAUUUUAACAGUAGGUGAUAAAAUUUGGGGUGAUAUUUUUAUUUUUCUUCUUUAUGCUUUGCUCUUUUUCUUAAAUCCUCAUAAUAAGCAUGUAUCAUUUUCAAAUGCAGCAGUCAUCCAAAAUAUAAAAUAAAUUAGAUAAAAUGAAUUAUAUAAUUGAGCCAUGAACCAUAACUUAAUAAUCACUAGUGAUGAUGAGAUCUAUUUUUUCGUAGCUUUUCCUUUCUCAUCAUUUGGAUUUCCCUGAUCGGCACCACUGGCCUUUAUCGACAGCUGACUUGCUUAAGGUGUGCUGUCAGGUGCUGUGGGGUCAGCAGGCAGCAAAGGUCCCACGGGUCUUAAAUAGGGAAGUUCUCGCUCCUGCACUUCCGGACGCAUCGCCAGCCUCUGUCACCCAGACACAGGAACCAGCUGAGACUCAGACAAGCUCAGUAACCCGACCUAUUUCCACCACAUUCUGCAUAGGCCUUAGGCCUGGUCCAAAUGGAGGAGCUGAGGUGGAGAGAAGCUAAAGUCCUGUGCAGCAAAGUAAAAAGGAUGGCCUUCCUGAACGCAAGGCUUCUUACACUUCACCUGCUUGCAGACAGAAGACUGAAGAAAAAGGAAAAGGAAAACAAAAUCCCACCAGACCUCUCUUCUGGUGGCAGACCCAGAGGGCCAACAGCUGCCUAGCUGCCUCUGCUCAGACGGGCCCAGGCCCCUUAAACUCUCUGUGCCCUGGUCUGAGCUCAA